AUGCCGUCUUUGGCCCCAAGGUCUUACCAGCUCCUCGUGGGCGUAUUCGCCUCGCUGGGAGCAUUUCUCUUUGGAUAUGAUCUCGGUGUCAUAGCUGCCGUCGUCGCCUCCGAGACUUUCAAGUCCCAAUUCGACCCCAACACAUCGGAAGAGGGUCUUGUUGUCAGCAUGUUCACAGCCGGUGCCUUCUUCGGAGCAGGCGCUGGCGGUACCCUGGGUGAUCGCAUCGGUCGACGAGGAACAAUCGUUGUCGGAGCCGUCGUGUUUCUCCUCGGUGGAGGUCUCCAGACCGGAGCUCGGAAUAUUCACUUCUUAUGGACUGGACGAUUCAUCUCCGGCUUGGGAGUUGGAGUACUCUGCAUGAUUGUUCCUCUUUAUCAAGCAGAACUCGCACACCCACAUAUCCGAGGCCGUAUCACAGCUCUGCAGCAACUCAUGAUCGGCGUCGGAGCUUUCGUCGCAACAUGGGUCGGCUGGGGUUGUUUUGUCAACCUCGGUGCUUCUAGUGCUCAGUGGCGGGUUCCUCUGGCGAUCCAAAAUAUUCCUGCGAUAGUCCUUGCGGCACUGACCUACUUGUUUCCCGAAAGUCCUAGAUGGCUCGCCGACAAGGGCAAGGAUGAAGAAACCCUUCACACACUUGCAAGGCUACAUGCAAACGGUAACGUCGAGGAUCCCUUUGUCAUGGCCGAAUACGACGAAAUCAGAAACUCGAUUCAGUACGAGCAUCAACACGCAGCCAAGUCGUACAAGGAACUGUUCAAGUCACGAAGCGCCUUCCGCCGUCUCUUCCUCUGCUGCGCCAUUCAGGCCUCCGUCCAGAUGACAGGCGUCUCGGCAAUCCAGUAUUACUCUCCCACUAUUUUCAAGCAGAUCGGUAUUGCUACGGACGACACUCUCAAGUAUCAAGGUAUCAGCAACGGAUUAGCCAUCGUCGCCCAGGCCUGUGCCAUGUUGUUGAUUGAUCGCACUGGACGCCGAUGGCCGCUUAUCGGAGGAAACCUCUUCAACUCGGUCACUUUCAUCAUUGCGUCUAUUCUUCUUGCCCAGUUCCCUCCAGGAGCAUCCAAUAACUUGAGCGCGCAAUGGGGGUUCAUCGUCAUCACUUGGCUAUACAACUUCUCUUUCUCAUCUACUUGCGGCCCGCUCAGUUGGAUUAUCCCUGCCGAGGUGUUUGAUACAAACACACGCGCCAAGGGUGUCAGUAUCGCCACAAUAGCCUCCUUUGCGUUUAACACCAUGAUUAUGAUUACACCCAAGGCUAUGGAAUCAAUUGGUUACAGAUUUUACUUCCUCUUUGUUGUCUGCAACGUCACCAAUGCCCUGUUCUUCUGGGUAUUCCUCCCAGAGACAGCUCGCAGACCCCUCGAGCAGAUGAACGAGAUCUUUUCAAGCAAGAGUUGGAUUGCCAUCGGCAAGAGUGCUUCCUAUAGGGGUGCCACGACCGAUGUCGAGAGCCAUGUUGAUAAGACCGAGGUGACUCACGAGGCCGAGAAGAGACAGAACUGA